UUCAGGAAUUCACGAUAUAUCAUGUUAUCCUUGUUAUUCACCGAAUGUUAAACAAGGAUAAAAUGAUAUCUAGAUGCACCUAGGCGAAGUUUCUGAACCAUUCUGAACACAGCCCUGUACUGUUGCGUCCAUAACCUCAAAUUGAAUGAGAUAUAACCUGCAAUAAUCGUUUUAUAAAAGCAAAUAAAAGACGCUUAUUGUUAAGAAUUAUUAUGUCACUCGCGCGACGAGGACAGCAUUGGGGAACAUUUGCCCGUAUUUGGCACGUGUACGAUGCAAAAUGGCAAGAUCCGUAUAAGAGUGCUGAAAGAAUAAAACAUUAUCUCUUGGGAUUGUACAAGCCAAUAUAUCAUCCACUGAGCGAUUGCGGCGACCAUGUGAUAGUAAUAAACAGCAAGGAAAUUGCUUUACGCGGAGACGAAUGGCGAAAACGUGUAUACUUUCAUCAUAAUACAUAUCAUGGAGGUGCCACUUGGACUCUUGCAUGGGAAUUACAUUAUAAGGAUCCAACUUUGAUUGUAGAGAAAGCUAUAUAUAGAGCAUUGCCGAAAAACUUACAACGAAGGCAUAAUAUGCAACGACUACAUAUAUUCCCGGAUGAAAAUAUACCCGAAGAUAUGUUAAAAAAUAUUGGUAAUCAAAUCAAACAGCUAAGAACUGUUCCCAUUCAACUAAAUCAUAUUCCACAGAAGGAAAUAGACGAUUUUCCUCAACUUUUAAAAUAUCCUGAAAAUUAUAUUCUUAAAUAAGUUCAAUGUAAAUACUAUAUAGUAACAUAUCCAAAAUAAUAUACAUGUACAUUAAUGACAAAA